AUGCCACACUUCGAAGAGAUGCCAUCGUUCUUAAAUGACGACACAGGAGGCUCUAUGUAUUCUUCGUCAUCCCGACCCCCAUUGGAUCUUCCCAGCCAUCUUCGAAAUUCACACGAAAAGCUAUCCCUCAAUGGUGCGAAUGGCAUAAAUGGCAUAAAUGGCAGAACCUCAACACACAAUUCAAUAAGGAAUGGUUUGGAGAACGGAUCGGAUCUAUAUAUCGAUGGUGGUGCUGCUUCAAAUGGUCACUCAAAUACUCAUACUCACUCAAAUGGUCAUGGGACGACUGGCAGGCACCAAAUGAAUGGAGAUUCUCAUCAUGAGCCAACCUUAAACUCCUUACCAAAUGGUCGAUCCAGCGCAGGUAGUUGGGAUUACAGAUCUCGUUCUUCGAUGAAUGGCAGUACAUAUUCGGUAAAUGAACAACCCAAUGGUUCAUCCCAGAAUGGAAGGAGGAGUCCAGGUCCUGCAAAUGGCUUUAAUAGGUUAUCGAAUGGUGCUGGAGAUAGAAACUCUUUUGCAUCAACAAAUGGAACCAUAUCCAACGCUACCGUCGACUCACCACGACCAAUCACUACGAGUGAUAGUGAACACCAGAAUCGAAUUUCGAGUCCUCAAUCACAGCCACAUCCUCACAGCACAGGUCCACUAACUUAUCAAUCACCUUUAUUACCUUCGACUCCAGUACCUACUAAUAAUUCAUUACCUAUACCCGAAACGCCAGGUCGUUCUACAAGUACCUCACCACAGCCACCACUACAACCACAACAACCACAACAACCACAAAGAUUUUCUUCGCUUUCUUCACCUCCAACAUAUCCACCGCCCUCGUCACCUUCACAAAACUCUCUUCAGCACCCUGGUUCUACCCAGUUGAAGCACCGACACACAUUAGAAGUACCUAAAGUUAGUUCGGGUAGAAAUUCAAGGGAUGGUAAUGACGCGGUCUUUACGAGUGGAAGAUUUUCUCCAACUUCGGUAGCGACAGCAGGUGCUAGACGUGGAUCCUCAAGUAUCAAUAGACGAAAUACACAAUCGAUACAUUCUAAUAUGCCUCACGAGGAGGUCCCUCCGGAUGAGGAUGCACUAAGGUGGGCAGAAGCGGUACGACAGAAGCGUGCGAGUAAGAGAAGAAAGAAGGAUGAGGAAGAUGAUGAUAGAGUGGUGGUUGGAACGAAAGUUGAUCAAAACCAUGUUAACUGGGUUACGGCAUAUAAUAUGUUGACGGGCAUUCGUUUUACCGUUUCGAGAACGAACGCGAAGCUUGACAGACCAUUAACUGAUGCAGAUUUCGAGGCCAAGCACAAAUUCUCGUUUGAUAUUACCGGGAAUGAGUUGACCCCAUCUGCAAAGUACGAUUUCAAAUUCAAGGACUAUGCGCCAUGGGUAUUUCGAAGUCUUCGGGCAAGGUUCAAGUUGGAUCCUGCGGAUUAUCUCAUGUCCUUGACAAGUAAAUACAUUCUUUCUGAAUUAGGAUCACCCGGAAAGAGUGGAAGUUUCUUUUACUUCUCGAGAGAUUAUAAAUACAUCAUCAAAACGAUCCAUCAUUCCGAGCAUAAGUUCUUGAGAAAGAUUUUGAAGGAUUACUAUCACCAUGUGGAGGAUAAUCCUAAUACACUUCUAUCCCAAUUCUAUGGACUUCAUCGAGUGAAGAUUCCUUAUGGAAGGAAGAUUCAUUUUGUGGUCAUGAACAACCUGUUUCCACCACACCGCGAUGUCCAUCAAACCUUCGAUUUGAAAGGGUCAACCAUUGGUAGAGAUUUUAAAGAGGAGAACCUAGAGCAAAACCCCCGUGCUACGCUCAAGGACUUGAAUUGGCUUCGACGAAACCUUCACCUGGAAUUUGGGCCAGAAAAGAGACGAGUCUUCUUUGAACAAAUGGAGAAAGAUGUAGCAUUAUUGCAGAAACUGAAGAUUAUGGAUUACAGUAUGUUAGUCGGAAUACAUGAUUUGACCAAGGGGAACGAAGAAAAUCUACGAGACAAAACUUUACAAGUCUUCCAGCCUGGGGGAGAUAGCCCUGUAGAUGACUCUGGACCACCUGGACCCUUGAUGAGAACACCGAGUAAAUUAGAGAGUGCCAGGAAAGCCAGAGAAUUACGCCAGAUCAUCAAGCAGGAAAAGCCAAUUCCAAUGGGUCAAAGCAGUUCACGAAUGCCGGAUGAAAUUGAAGAAGAAAACAAGAAAGACUUCACAUUCUACAGUGAUGAUGGCGGAUUCCGAGCUACACAUGAAGAUAAUAGUCCUGGAGAGGAAAUCUUCUUCUUGUCGAUUAUUGAUUGUCUCACUCACUAUGGUACUCUCAAGAAACUCGAACAUCUUUUCAAGGGUCUCAAGCAUGACAAGAAAAUGAUUUCUCCAAUCAAUCCCCAACCUUAUGGCGACCGUUUCAUCGAAUUUAUUGAGGGAAUCACAAAAUCUCAAGAAGAAGCUGCCCGAGAAGAAGAAUGCCCUCUCCCACCCGUACCCCACACAGACUCCAACCUUACCAUGGGUUCUACACGUCGUCGUUCAAAUAGUGCACAUAUGCACCGUACCGUCACAAACAACACCACCAUUCAACGUGCUGAAAAUGAAGCCUUGAGAACUGAGCAUGAUGGAAGACGAGAGCAUAUCGAACCCAGAACCGUCUCAACAGUUAGAAGCCCAAGUGCGGAAAGGACGAAUGGACUACAGGGACAGAUACUUCCAGUUGUUGAGGAAAUGGGAGAAGCGAGUAGUACGGGAGGACGAAGUGGAAGGAGUAUCAGAAGUACACAUGAUGAUGAUGAGAGAAGGCCAGCUACGCCUGCCAAAGAUUACCCUCCCAGUUUGAAUGACAAUCAAGGAAGACCGCAAAGUUUAAGGAGGAUGAUUAGUAGAAGUAGCUUGGAAAAGCAAUUACCGCCUUUGCCGCCAAAUGGAAGAGGGGUGGAAGAGAAAGAUUCUGGGAUUGGGAUAGGGAGAUGA